AUGACUUUUCAAUCCAAUUUUAAUGAUCAAUUCAAUUCUAUGAAUUUUCAAUUUCAAAAUCUAAAUACAACUAAUCAAUCUGCUGCAAACACACGAAAUAUUAAACUAGAUAACAAUGCUACAACUAAUAAUACAAACACCACUGCUGCUACGACUGCAACAAGUCAAAUUUCAACCCCCUUAAAUAAACAAGGUCAAAUUAACAUCACCAUGCCACUAAGUAGAACUACAUCUCUGUUGGAUUCGUUUGGUAUUCCCAGGACUUCUUCUCCCUUUAUGUCACAUACCAAUUUGACUAGUAGUAAUCAAAACAUCUCCAAUAGUCUUUUGGCUUCUCAGAAUACGACAUCAACAAAUACACCAACUAUACCGACAUCAUCUUUAAAUUGGAAUGGUAUCGACCCGCUUAAUAAUAAUACUACUAAUAAUACUACUAAUGCAAUCCAUCAAAGAAAACCUAAUGAUAUCCAUCCGGCUUUAAGUAGUCCUUCAUUAUCAGCAUUAACCACAUCGUCAAACUCUACGGUUGGUAUUACUUCGCAACAACAGUUCAACCCAAUGCUGAUUCAUCCUCAAACUCCAUUAUCAACUGUUCCGGCGUUACCACCAUUAAAUUUACAUCCUAUGGUAGAAUCACAAUGGAAGUAUUUUGAUACUUCUUCUACUUUGCAUGGGCCUUUUACUACAAAUACAAUGGGAUCUUGGUACGUUCAAGGGUAUUUCCAACCAGCUUUACAAAUCACAAGAUUGAACACAUCUCCUGAACCGUUUAAUAUUAAUGAUCAAUUUAUUACAUUAGCAGAAUUGAUUUCAAAAGUAAAUGAUUUUCAAAAUCCAUUCUUGAGAUUCGAUAACUUAGUCUCGCUUUUUAUUGCUCAACAACAACAAUCUUUACAAGGUACACCUGCAGCUAAUCCAAUUCCACAACAAUUUCAAUUUCCUGAAAUUAAAACGUUGGAUAAUAGCACUAAUAAUAAAAAUGCAUUAAUUCCAAAGCAAGAUGUGAAUGAAGAAAAAUUACCAGAUGGGGUGGUUGCUAAUAUUCAUAGUAAAGAUUAUAUCUAUGAAGAACUGUUAAAUUUAAAAUUUGAUGAUGGUGGGUACUAUAAACAAACCACCGUUAGAAUCCCAGUAUCAAGAUUAAAUAAAGAAUUAUUACCUGAUUCUUUUAUUUUCCCUAAACCUAAAUCACCUGUAAGUCCAACCUCACCUGCUCCAGUUCAGACUAUGCACAAAGAAACAAAAUCUUCAACUCCUUUAAACAAGGAAGUUUCUCCUAUUACUAAAAAACUAGAGAAUUCUACUGUUAAAAAGGAAACACCAAUCCCAUUGAGUGAACCUGAAAUUAACCCUGAUGCUUUGAUUGGAUCAUUCUCUAAAGAAGAACAAAAGCUUGAAUUAGAACGUAAACGUCAAGAAAAAGCUGAUGAAAUUGCAAGAAAAUUAUUAGAAGAGCAAACUAUACAUGAACAAGAAUUGAAGAAAAAAGAAGAAGCUAAGAAGUUGAAAAAAUUACAGAAACAAAAGGAGAAAGAGAAAAAAGAGUUUGAAAAGAAACAGAAAAUAGUAAAACAACAAGAAAAGGAAAAAGAAGAACAGGACAAGAAAAAAUUACAAAAUGAAAUGAAAUUGAAAAGGGAAAAGGAAAAAGAGUUACAACAAGAAAAGAAGAAACAACAACAGUUGGCUAUUGAUGCUGAAAGGGAAAGGAAAACGAUGGAAUUUACAGAAGCUUCUAUUGCUGAAGCUCCAUGGGCUAAUAAAGCCAAUUCUCGUGAUGAUGUCGUUGUUCCAAACAUUGCUGAAAUGAUUAAAAGCGUUAAACAAGAUGAGGCUAAAAAGAUUAAGAUGAAGAACACUAAAGAUUUGAAUUUUGCAUUAAAGGCCCAAUCUGAAAUCUUAACUUUUAAUAAUGACAGUUUACAACAACAGUCUACUCCUGCAUUGACUUGGGCAACUAAGCCAACUCCGCAACCAAUAAAUGUUGAUAUUAAAUCAAAAUUAAAUAGCCCAAAGGCAAGUCCAACUACUACUUCAUCAAUUAACAACAGUCCUACAUUGAAUAAUAAGAAGAAAGAGUCCGCUCAGGCAACUUCCAGAGUAGCUGGUAACAAAGAUACUCUUGCCACAACUAAAUUGGAUGAAUGGGAUGAUGAAAGCUUCAUUGAAGAGCAAAAGAAGUUAUGGGCUGCUGCUCAACGUAACAAGAAACCCUCAACCAAAGCCUUACCUACUCUCGGUUCUAACACGGUAAGUGCAACUAAUGGAUCAUCUGCAUGGACUACCGUGACUAAGGCAUCAAAGGUCAGUAGUACAACCACAAAAUCUAAUUCCACAACAACAUCUUCAAUUUUAAAUCCGGAUAAAUUACGUGCUAUUGGUGGUAAUAACACUAAUAAAGGUAAACAAAUUGGUUCCUCAACUGUUAACCCAAACAUUAAGGUGAAAUAUCCAAGUACAAUUACCACAUCAGGUUCGUUAUCAAAUAGCAGCUCAAGUUCUAAUGCUUAUCCUGGCAAUGCUUCUAUUUCUACCCGUCAAGAUUUUCUAAAAUGGUGUAAAACUCAAAUGAAAUUAAACCCAAAUGUUAAGAGUACAAGCGUCUUGGAAGUGUUGUUUAGUUUACCUGCAGGACCCGAAUCAAAAGAAAUUAUUGCUGAUACAAUUUAUUCAAAUAGUAGUGUUAUGGAUGGUAGACGAUUUGCCACGGAAUUCAUCAAGAGACGUGUUGAAUGUGAAAAGCAAAUCGAGGAUCCAUUGAGUUGGCUUGAAGUUCUACAAUUACCGGAAGGUAACGUUGAUGAUUGGGAAUUCCAAGUAGUCAAUAAAAAGAAAGGCAGAAGACAUUAG